AUGGCGCCAAAAGGAAGCGUAUCCAAGCGGAAGGGUGCAGCUGCCCCGAGUGCGCCUACUCCCCUGUCUCUCUACAAGCGUAGUCUGCUAGCAAUCCGCAACUGGACUCCGCCCACCAGCGCGCGUGCGGAUGCGGAAGCGUUGACCGGCCUGGCGGCCUGUUGCAGGCUGCUGCAGGCCCAGAUGGGCCUUACGCAGCCGUCGCCAGCAGCCGCGGGCAACUCGCCGUUGCUAGCGAUGAUAACGACGACGCCAAUAACGACCAUGAACCCAGAAGCCUGGGCGGCGCUAGAGGCUCUCGAGCCCGGAAUGGCGUCGUACAGCGGCGUGGUACGACAUAGCUUGGAUCUGGAUCUCGGGGACUGGCAAGAUGAGCCGGGGUUCCUGCUGGCCAGCGCGCACCUCGAGAUCGGCAGGCUACUGGGCCGCAUGUUCCCUCGGAAGGAGCUUCUAGAGCAGCUGCAUCUGGAGGCGGCGCUGAAGCUGUUCCCUGACUUCGUGGCGGCGGGGGCGGCACUGGGGCAGGCCAAUGCGGCAUGUCGGCGGGAGUGGGAGGCGGGGCAAGGUGCCGUACGGUCGCUGGCGAUGUUGUUGUGUCAGGCGGGUCGGGAUGAGGAGGCGGUGCCGUACUUGGAAGCCAUGGAGUUCACACACAGGCUCGCACGGCAGGUAUGUGUGUAUGCUCGCUAUGUACGAGCAGUGGACGGUGCACUGCCCCUCCCGCUAUUGAAAGUCCUUAGAUCCGCUCUGUCUCCCAACAGCCGCUUCUGGUCGGAACACGGAUACGGCAGAGUCGGGUACUUUUCGUAUAUGCACGAACUGGGCGCCCCCUGUCUCAGCGCCAUCCAUCAGGCCGCCGUACUGCUGCACCGCAUUGCCGUACAGCGUUUCCCCGCCGUCGCCGAGGCUCGUUUUGCCGAGUGCGACGAUGAGGGAGUGGGCGGUGUACGGAACCCCAUUGUGAGCUGCGUCAUCUACCUGACGGGGGUUGUGGGGGGCCCCACGCUGGUGACGCCACAGCUCCUGGGCGGUCCUCUGGCCCCGCACGGCUGGCUGGUAUACCCCGCGGAAAAUAGACUGGGGAUGUUUGACAGUACCGUACUGCACGGUGUUAUUCCGGGUCGCGGCCCCAGUCCGCGUCCUGAGGAGUACCGGAUCACCUUGAUGGUCGCUUUCUGGAGGGAUAUCCAGUGCAGUCGUUACACCUGGAUGGAGGAUCUGCCCCCGCACCCGGACGGACCAGACGGCUGGGGCACGACCGACCCACGGGACGUUGUCCCCACCACCAUCGAGCGAGUGUGGGAGCGCCUGGACGGCAGCACUGCGCAGCCAGGGUCCAUUACUUCAGAAACGUACAUCACGGUUGCUGCGAAGGUACUAUGA